AUGGCUAUCAGAGAAAAAUACGUUCAAGCAAGUGUCGCUACCAUACUAGACACCAUACUUCGUCCACCGGACGACGAAGAGGCCGCCCAUCACUUCAAAUGCACAACCGAAGAUUUCAUGGAGAUUGAAAAGAUGCUUAUGGAGGAUGGAGAAUUCGAGAGGUUUCCUCGUGCAAGUGUUUAUAACGAGGAAAACCGAAAUGCGUGGCCGCGCUCGUUCAUGGUUCUGGAAUUGGUAUAUACAACAAUGGAAGAGAUCCUGGGAAUGCAAAAAGACUUCAUUUGCUGGCGCGGUACGGGGAUGAGACUAUUUGAAGGAUGUCUUGCCGGGAACCGGAAAGAGAUGGAGACUGCUUUCUGCACGCCCGAAAGUCGGUGGUUCUCUAAUAUUUGUGUGGAAUCGGGUUAUAGUCAAUCGUAUGAUGAUCUGGUUCAAGAUGUCACUCUUCUUCUGGAAGGGUCACGGGGUCAUAUCGGCAUAGUGAUCCUAGUCAAGCUGAAACCUUUGGUAGGAGAAGAGGAAGCUAUUCAGAACGGGUUUGUGGAGGUCUAG